AUUGUUGAUCCCGCUAAUUGUUUACUUGUAUCAUUCCUGUGUUUCUAAUAUCUUAUUUUCAGUAUUUAAGUCAAAUAAGUAAUGGUAUUCAUACAGAUUAUUUAGAAAUAUCUAGAAUUACAAGUAAUAAUAUUGCACAUAAACUCCAUUAACGGAAACGAGACGUAUAAGCAAUAGUACAUUAUAUCAGUUGUGUGUAUGAAACAAAUAUUUUAAAUAUUUAACAAACAUAUAAUUCAUAACAUAAAAAUGUUGUCUGCAAGACCUCCUGUAACAGAAAAUCCUUUGGGACUUUCUUGGCAUGAUAGUGCAUGGAUUCCUGUAUUAAAUCCAAACAAUAUAAUGGACUAUUUUUCUGAAAGAAGUAAUCCUUUUUAUGACAGAACAUGUAAUAAUGAAAUUGUCAAAAUGCAGCGUUUAAGUCCUGAUCAGUUACAAAAUAUGACUGGCCUUGAAUAUAUUCUUUUACAUGUUCAAGCACCUAUUUUGUACGUGAUCAGGAAGCAACACCGUCAUACUCCUACUUUAGCAGCGCCACUUGCAGACUAUUAUAUCAUUGCAGGUGUUGUGUAUCAAGCUCCUGAUUUGGCAUCGGUUGUGAGCUCCAGAUUGUUAUCUACAGUACAUCACUUACAAUCUGCUUUUGAAGAAGCUAGUUCAUGUUCAAGAUAUCAUCCUAGCAAGGGCUACUAUUGGGAUUUCAAAAAUGGGAAAGCUAUGGCAGCAAAGAAAGAAACACCUGUUCGUGAAGAACCAAGUUCUCUAUUUCAAAGACAAAGGGUGGACAUGUUACUUGCUGAACUUACACGGAAAUUCCCAUUGCCUGUUCCAAAGCCAGUGCACCAAGCUAUAGAACCUUCAAUGGAAAUUAAACAAGAAGUAAAAACAGAAAAGAAGGACAUGAAACCACCACCAGAAAAGAAACCAAAAGUUAAUUAAUAAGGGUUUAUAAUGGUUUAAUAAGAAUAUAAGACCAAUAAUGUUCUAUGUAUAUAUUGUAUUUUAUUUCAAUUUUUAUUUUAUGAAAUAGGUAUUUAGCAUUAUUAAUUAUAUCUUUUUCGUUAAGUAAAAAGUGUGAUGAACUGGUGUGCAUGUGAAUAUAUUUUGGCAAACUACUGAAUUUGUACGAAAUUAAAAAUAAAAAAUAGAAAAUAUUUGUCA